GCGAAAGAGACAGACAAGCGAUGGGAAAAGCUUCAGGAGCGAAACAGGCGACUGUAGUUGUCGCAGCUUUGGCUUUUGGAUGGUUAGCAAUAGAGAUCGCCUUCAAGCCUUUCCUCGAAAAACUCCGCUCCUCAAUCGACAAAUCCGAUCCGGCGAAAGAUCCUGAUGACACCGACGCUGACGCCUCUUUCGCCGCCGCUACAGCUGCCUCUGAGACGUCCUCCGUUUAGUGUAUUUAAGGGUUUGUUAGUUUAAUCUGUGCGUUCAACUUUGUACCACGACUUAAACAGUUUGUUUCUUUGAGACUUAAACAGUUUGUUAUAUUGCAUAGUUUUAUGUUUUCUACUCAUUGGAUGCGUCCUAUAACCACUCCGUAUUUGAAACUAUAAAGAUUGCUUUAGAUGAUAAUCUCUAGAUAUGUAGCAGAUUAACCAUGGAAGUUAGAAUGACAUACAUUUGCUGCAGAAGGAGAC